AAGCCCACUUUGAAAAAUGACAGCAAAAAAACUACUUCUGUUGUUCAGAAUGCCAAGCAAAAAAAUGAGAUGAAAUGUUUAAAAUACUCCAGUGGUAAAGUCACCGGUCAUGCUCAAACUUAUUACAGUGAUGGGAUGAAUAAAACUGGCAUAUUAUAUGAUUUAGUAGAGGGAAUGGUGGAAGUAGUAAAAG